AUGGCAGACACCCGGCACCUCGUUUCAGUGCGUGCGGCGGCCCUGGUGCAGAUCCAGCAGCUCCAGAAGUUUGCCUUCUCUGUGGACUGGUCAGACAGCAGCCACACCUAUGUGUGCAGGAGCUGGGACGAAUUCAGGCGGCUCCAAAAGACCCUCAAGGAGACCUUCCCGGUGGAGGCGGGCCUGCUGCGGAGAUCUGACCGCGUCCUCCCAAAGCUUCCUGAUGCACCGCUGUUGGUGCGUGGGGGCCGAACGGGCCGUGGCCUGGCGCGCCUGCGGCUGCUGGAGACCUAUUCACAGAUGCUCCUGGCGACUACAGAGAGGGUGGCACGGAGCCCUGUGCUGACGGACUUCUUCGCACCGCAACCUCUGGACCUGGAGCCCACACUGCCGCCGGGCAGCCUGGUGAUCCUGCCCACCCCGGAGCAGCCCCUCUCCCGCCCCGCUGGCAGCCUUGCCAUUCACAGCCUGGAGGCUCAGAGCCUGCGCUGCCUGCAGCCCUUCCACACCCAGGACAUGCAGGACCGGCUUUUCAAUGCGCGGGCUCAGGAAAGCCUGGACGUACUGCUGCGACACCCUUCAGGCUGGUGGCUGGUGAAGAAUGCAGACCAGCAGAUGGCCUGGUUUCCAGCUCCCUACCUGGAGGAGGUGGCCCCGGACCAGGGCCGGGAGAGAGGCCCGUCCCUGGGAAGCAGCGGUCCUCAGUUCUGUGCUUCCCGUGCCUACGAGGGAAAUCGCGCAGACGAGCUGUCUGUGCCAGCAGGGGCACGCGUGCACGUGCUGGAAAAAUCAGACCGCGGCUGGUGGCUGUGCAGGUAUGGCGGCGGGACCGGCCUCCUUCCCGCAGUGCUGCUGCGGCCUGAAGGGUUGGGCGCACUCUUGCCUGAGUUUCAAGGCUGGGAGGACAGGGGCAGUGGAGGCCGUGGCUACCCUGAAAACCACCAGGCCACGACUCUUCCCCCUACCGUGCCUGCCCGACCACCGUUGAGUGCCAUCCAGAGCCGCUGCUGCACCAUCACCCGCAGGGCACUGGGGUGGCAGGGACCCCCUUGA